AUGUCCCUGCUCUCGUCGUCGGAGGCGCAGUCCUUCAACGCCUUCCUCUCCUCGGUCGACCACACCAACGACGCAGAGAUCAGCCCCGAGCUCCUUGAGCAGAUCUCCAUCGCGAAGGGGAGGCAUGCCCUCGCAAAGGCCACGAAGGAUCUCAUGUCCCUGGGCAACCGCGCCCACGGCAGCAGCAAGACUCGCUCGGGGGCCAGCAGCCGCUCAGCUGGAGCGGGCGUAGGUCCAGGAGCAGCGGGGCCGAGCCAUUGGCCCAGUUUCAGCCCGGAUCCGAAUGGCGGCGACGCGCGGUCCCCCCGCUCGUUCGACCAGUCGAUGACACCACACGAGCUCGCCGCGUACCCGAUGCCUGCGCACAGCCAGUCGCAGCCGUCGAUACAUUCGCUCACAUCGGGCUCACCGCCGUAUACGCUGCCACCUCUCAACGGCGGCCUGUCGCCUCCUGACGACGGCUUCGAUACCCCUCAUCGCAGCUCGCUCAAUUCGACCCCUUCCGCUCCUUCAGUAUUGGACCACCCGACUGGCAGCUCGUCGAAGCGCCCCUUUCCAGAUGACUCUGAGCCCAGCAGCUCCAAACGCGCAAAACAGUCAGCGCCGCGCGAGAAGCAGCGCAGACAAUCGUCUGCGAGCGCGAGCUCUGCCAACAAGCAGGCGAAGCCUACGCUGCUGACCCCGGCGGAGAAGCGCGCGAACCAUAUCCAGAGCGAGCAGAAACGUCGAGCGAAUAUUCGUAGGGGAUAUGAGGCACUGUGUGCUGCGGUGCCCGCGCUGCGAGAGGCGCUUGCGCAAGAAGAGGCCAACGGCGGCGGAGAGGCCGAGUCGAGUGCGAAGGGACGCAAACGGCGGAAGAAGAUCGAGGACAAUGCGCUCGAUGGACGAGCAGGGCCAAAAAGCGAGAACGUGGUCCUGCAGAAGACCAUCGACUACAUCCGUGCGCUGCUCGACGACCGCGAGGCGCUUUUCUCUCGUCUGCAAAACGCGCGUCAUGUCCUUGGCGAGGGCCACCCUGCUUUGGUGCUCACUUCCGAACUCCGAGAUAUCAGCGGUGUACCGCUUUGGGACCGCGAGUGGAACGGCGGUACAGGAAUUGACGAGGGCGCUGACGACGACGAUGGUGACGAGUUUGGCGGAAGCGAAGACGAAGGGUGA